UACUCCACCGUGACGAAUCCGGAGGUAGCAAAAGUCAUUUCUCACUUGAAAUUUUCAUUUUUCCCGCUCGCGGCUUCCUGCGGUAAUGGAGUCUGCAGCAGCUUGGGUGGACGCCCAAGAGUGGGAGGUCUGCAACGACGACGGCUUCGUCUUCAAGCGGAGGAAGCGGCGCCGGGUGGACGCAGAUGCCGACGAGUCGGUCCCAGCUCCACCGUCCUCGGCCUCCGCGGAUCUACAGGAGGAUCCCCAGAAACUUCGGAGAGAGCGGAGGAGGAAGUUUCUUCUCAAACUCAGAGCUAAGUACCAGGCGGAGAUCGACCAGUGGGAACUUUUGUCGAGCACUUUGCGCGCAAUGGAGGAGAGGGCGCAGCAACGAGAGGAGGAGGAGCAGCAUAGAAUGGAAGAGCGAGAACGGGAGGAUACGGCGUCGUUGGAUGGGUCUGGGGUGUUAGAGAUUCAGGGGACGGAGUCCUGUUGUGGGUCGUUGGUGGAUGAGCUUCUCUUGCAGGUAGACGCACACGCAGCGAUCAUUGGUAAUGUUUCGAGUCUCUGUGACACAAGCGGACGCACUAUGUAAGGUAGAAGAGGAACGGAUUACUCCGCUUUUCUUCGGUAUUCCAAUCAGCAGUUCACCGAGGGAGCUCAUGAGAUCGCUGCAAUGGUAGCCUGUAUUCAUGAAAUUCCCCAAGGGGUAGGAGGAAAGUAGUAGAGGGUGAUGUGGAGUAGGUCCGGCCGUUGGGCUUCACAUAAGAAAUAAUAUGCUCUGAUACCAUAAAGAAAGUUAAGGUUCCACCAUAAUAUUAAUUUUUUCCACCUUGGUCAUGUGAUUUGGUAUGAGUGAUGUAGCCAAAACCACAAUAGAUGAAUGAGGCCUAGAAACUGGAAAGUGUGUAUAUGUUGUAUUGAUUAUAUUUCAAUUUCGAUUCA